GAUGCGCUUUAGGCGUGUUUGCGCGAGCGCGCGCACGGGCUCUCAUUUGUUGGUGUGUGCGUCCACGCUUUGCCGGCAACAACGACGUGGGAAGCCUUUUUCGGACGGGAAUUAUUAUUAUUUGCAUCGCAGCUUCGCUGACGGCUGCACGCGUAUUGCGCAGAAGAGUGAUUUGUUCGCAAUUUUCUCCCGUGUUUGUGCCACAGUGUCUGUGUGUGUUCCUUACGACGACAUAUUUCGAAAAGAGUUUGAUAAUAUGAUCCUGCAAAACGUAAAUAAAACAUUCGUAAGAGGCAACUGCCGGUUGCAGUGUUGUGAUUCGAUAUUACUUUGCCCACCACGGUUGUGCUGUGACCAUAGUCGCCGCGUCAGCACUUUUCCCAGCACUGCUAGCUCCUCCCGGGCAUAGUGUUCAAUCUCCCUGCCCUGUGAUUGCAACGGUCAGCAACUUCCUAAGCCGAUGGUAGCGGUGUUUUAUUAAAGUUUUCAACUAAAUUAACCGCUCGAAACGUGAAGCCCCUCUAGAGUGGGUGCGAGUGUGUGUGUGUGAGUGAACGCGUACGCCACCAAUACACAACGAUGGUGCAUUAUGCGACGAUUUAUCACAUCGCGUAGUGUGUGGCAAGUGCUGGCCGGAUACAUCAGCGAGCACAGCCCGAGCGAUCGUUGAGCGGAUUUUUGCUUACCAAGCCAAUUAAAGCGCACCCUGCCGCUGCCGCAACCGUACGCCAUUAGCGGACCCGACAUUCCCGCGCCCAACUGUCAACUCGGCGCUCUGUGUGGCGUUAUCGCGCGCUCGCUAGUGUUGGUCUAUCGUUGCGAAAGUGUGUACGCUUGGUUCGUUGCUCCCUAAGUGUACACACACACACACACAGGCGCGCUCGCACGACUGGGUUGGGAUUUGGAUUUAGUUACGGGUGCAGCGGGCACACACGGAGCACUAAUAAAAUUCAAACGACUGGUGCGGUCAGGCCCCGACCAUCUCGGUUCGUUCCGUUCGGGCCGUCCACAGCACGUGUAUUGGUGUCGCCUUGCGCUACAUUCUGCCGUAUCAUCGUCUCCAACCGGUUGCUGCAGCGCGCGCCAUCACCGCACACAGGGGCCGCCACCAGCAGCAGUGAGUCUCGUGUGUUCGCGCGAACCGGUAUAGUACACGUUGCGUGCCCGGUGACAGAUACAUUACUGCGUGCGUGUGUUCAGGUUGCUUGCGUGUAACCAAUCGAAGAACGUUGUGAAAUCAAAGUUCUUUUUCUCUCGGGCUUUAAUCUAAUGCGAGUGCGAACAAGAAGAGUGCCAUUGCUCAUCUCUCAGUUCACCUGUUCCUCGGUGCUCCGAAGUAUGACAGCUGUCAACUAAGUGACACCAUAUGGAAGAUCAACUGGUUUGUUGUGUUGUAUGUAGAGUGCAUCACUACUAAUGUACAAUUACUAAGCGUUGAACUAAGCGAAAAUGGAACCAGUCGCAUACAGUUGAAUCCAUAAUCACCGUUGGUGUCGUCCGCGUACGUAACACACGCCCCUCCCUCCGCACAGGCACUGAUAAAACCCGCUCUAAUGCACAAUCGAAACCUUGCCUAGUGUGAACUACCAGUGAGUGUGUAAGUGUGUGUGUGUCUUCCUGCGAUGGCCUCCGCCUGUUCGGUGACGUGUUUUUAUUAUUGAAGACACCCCUGGGCCAUGCCGGCGCCUUAAUGUAAACGGCAGCAGCAGUGACCUGGUUAUUUUUUGCAUCCAUCCACUCCAGACGUUCACGCAGCGUUGUUUGUUGCUUCUGCUACAACAUUGUUGCCCACUGUCCUUCGGAAACCAAUCGCCGGUACCGUUUCUAUCUCUGUUGUGGCUCCAACCCCACUUACACUGUACCGCCCUACAGACACAUUCACACACACAUAUUCAGUGCGAUAAGAGGUUGUGGCUGCACGUAACAGAUACUUGUGGAGUGUUAAGCUUUGCCUUUUGCACUUGUCUCGACUGCUACAAACCACAAAAGCAGAUACCGGAAUUCGGAACCUUUACGGAAAGUUUUCAUCCAAGGUUUGAUGCACGUGUGUGCUGUUUGGUGCCGUUUGAUUGUGCUAAAGCGAGUGACAAAUAAACUGCCCGACCCCUAUCCACGGUCACGUGUGUUUCCAAUCAGAUCGACUGUAGACAGCAUUGGUCGGUGGGUAAUAUGGCCCAGCAUCAGUAUCAGCAACAGCAACAGCAGCAAACACAGCAGUACCAGUACCAACCGAUAUCGCAGUUCCACAGCCCCGGGGUAGACUAUGGUCAUUCGUUAGUGGCGACCGGUGCAACAGCCUACUGGUAUCCCGGCGCAGGCCAAUAUCCCGACACGCAUCAGGCGCAGAACGCUAGCAGUAGUUUCGCUAGUGGCAGCGGUAGAACGCGCACCAGUCGCCCUUACAGUAGAGAUGGUCAGAAUGAACAGUUCGCCUCACGUAACGCUUUUGUAACUUCGCCCAAUCGUGUGUCUAGUACAACGGCCAAAAUCGUCAUCAGUGGUAUACCGCAGCACGCCAAGUUCGACGAUAUCGAACCGUUGCUGAAGCCGUACGGUAAGGUGGAGCACUGCGAGGCAGGCACCAGCAAAGAUCCCAACACGCAGACCGUCCAUAUUACCUUCGAGAAUCACGACCAGGCACAAAGGGCGGUAGCUGGACUGAACGGUGUGGACUUUGACGGUUCGAAGCUGCUGGUGGAGCUGUCCGAUUCGAACAAACAGGCGCGUCGGGCGCAGCGCAACCGAUCGCAGUACGGCGCAGGGAUGCCGGGCGGUGGUGGCCCCGGUCGUCAGACCGACUUCCCGCUGCGCGUGCUGGUGCAGAGCGAGAUGGUCGGUGCGAUCAUCGGCCGGCAGGGUAGCACGAUCCGGCACAUUACUCAGCAGAGCCGGGCGCGCGUUGACGUGCACCGGAAGGAUAAUGUCGGGUCGGUCGAGAAGGCGAUCACGAUCUACGGCAACCCGGAGAACUGCACAAUGGCGUGCAAGAAGAUCCUGGAGGUGAUGCAGCAGGAAGCGAACAGCACGAACAAGGGCGAGAUAUGUCUGAAGAUCCUGGCGCACAACAACCUCAUCGGGCGCAUCAUCGGCAAGAGCGGGAACACGAUCAAGCGGAUAAUGCAGGACACGGACACGAAGAUCACGGUCAGCUCGAUCAACGACAUUAGCAGCUUCAACUUGGAGCGCAUCAUCACGGUGAAGGGAUCGAUCGAGAACAUGUCCAAGGGUGAGAGCCAGAUCAGUGCCAAGCUGCGCCAGAGUUACGAGAACGAUCUGCAGGCGCUCGCACCGCAGACCAUCAUGUUCCCGGGCCUGCACCCGAUGGCGAUGAUGUCGACUGCCGGCAACGGUAUGGGCUUCACUGGCCGUACCGCUGGUGCGACGGCCAGUGCCAGUGGCAGUGGUGCCACCGGCAUGUAUCCCGGCUCGAACUUCCCGAUGUACCAGCCGCCGGCCGGUGGCCCAGCUGGGGUACCUCCCGGCUCAAGCGAAGUACAGGAGACGACUUACCUUUACAUCCCGAACAAUGCGGUCGGUGCGAUCAUCGGCACCAAGGGGCUGCACAUCCGGAACAUUAUCCGGUUUUCGGGCGCGUCCGUGAAGAUUGCGCCGCUCGAGGCGGACAAGCCACAGGAGCAGCAGACCGAGCGUAAAGUUACCAUUAUCGGCACCCCGGAGGCCCAGUGGAAGGCGCAAUACCUGAUCUUCGAGAAGAUGCGCGAGGAGGGCUUCGUGUCCGGUACGGACGAUGUCAGACUGACGGUCGAGAUCUUCGUUCCGAGUGCACAGGUGGGAAGAAUCAUUGGCAAAGGUGGCCAGAACGUGCGGGAACUGCAGCGCGUCACUGGUAGCAUAAUUAAGCUGCCCGAACACACGGCCAGUGCGCCUGUGGACGAGGAAACAACGGUCCACAUCAUUGGUCCCUUCUUCAGUGUACAGUCGGCACAGCGGCGUAUUCGUACGAUGAUGCUGGCCACGAACCCACCGCCGGUCACCAAGCGACAGACGUCGCAGAAGGCGAAGGACCAGACGACGGGAGGAGCAACGACGCCCGCUGCCGGUGCAACUGCAGCCACUACCACUACAGCCGCCGUCACGACGACACCUCCCCAGCAACAGUCGUCCAGUACAAAUGCGUAAUCAAAAUGUGGUCGUCCUGAGCCGCCAGAAGAUGAAGGUCGAGAGUGAGCAGAGAAGCGUGGUAACGGUACCGACGGCAAGAGUAGCAAUAGUAACACCACCACAACUACUACCAUCAUCAUUAUCAUCAUCCUUAUCAUCAGCCUCAUAUUUUGUACGAUUAUCCUCUACGGUCGGAAGGUGUGUAGAACGGGAAAAGAAGAUAAAAUUUGAUGCGCGGAGUGACACAGCCGGUGUUUAGUGUCCCCUACGCCAAGAGAAGAAGAGAGAAAGAGAAAGUACCGAUAAGAGGAUGGGUCGCGCGGACCCCAUAGAGGAAGGGAUGAACAACCACACACCGUUAAGCCAAAUACAUCACCAAUAGUAGAACUUGCAAUAGCCCCAAAUAUCCCACCAGCAGACAGAGCAGACGGGAAACCCCAUAGUUCAUGUGGCGAGGCAGGAAGCGCGCUUAGGCAGUCUAAGAUUGGUCUCGGAAGUACAAAAGCUUCCUGGCUGUAUAGAUUUUUCCUACGACCAUCGCUUUGCUGCCCGUCACACCCUUGUUUUUUUCCAUAUAUUAGCUUGUAAAUGUUGUUAUAUUUACCUCUAUUACUAUUUUGCCCCAGUUCCUUUGUUCGCAUACGCAGCAUCCCCCUUAUGCAAUAGUUAAAGCGAGGUUUAUGCGAUCCUUCCCAAGGGAGGAUCUUACCGUUAGCCUCUUUAAGCUGGAGGGGGAAUUCUCUUUCCCCCCUCCGAUCGAUCAACUACUACUACUACUACUACAGCAAACCAUAAUCAAAAUAGCCAACCAAUCUAAGUCUUAGAUUCCGCCCAGUAGCAACAACGCGUCAGAAUAUCAAUCCAACCAUUUCCUCAACAGGUACCGGAAGCGAGGGAGAGAGAGAGAUAAGGAGAAAGAAGAAAAUAGAAGUACGUUACACAUUGCAAAAUCGUUUGUGGUUGGGGAGUGAGACGAUAGCAAAAUCCCGCAAAACAUCCCGUCAUGAUAAAAUUCGUGACCAUAUACAUCAUCAUAUGGGAGAGACCGCGGACGAUCGGUGGGUCGUUCCCGAUCGUACGCUGGAGAAGAAAAGAAGAUGAAAAAACAAAUAGGAAACGAGUUCAACAUUCAAGCAAAGCACUUUCAAUGGUAUGUACUAAUUCAUAUGAAGAAAUAGAUUGUAAGAAGCAUAGCCAGUACGAAAAUCGUCUUGCGCGCGUACAGACGCAGCAAUGCAGAAACAUGCGGAAGCGGAAGGAGCGUUUCAUCCUAAAAAAAACCCUUGUACGGGCAAACCGGGCAAGAAGAAGAGUGCUCUCUUUGCUUGCUCGGCUUGCCGUACUAAAUUCGAUUUAAUGAUACAACCCAUACUCUAGAAAUAGCAAACAAACGGCAAAUGGUGUCAUCCUCUACCAACCUACCAAGCUGGCGUGUUUGUUGUUUUGCGCGUACAUAAUCCAGCAGCGUGUUUUGAAAAGAGCAAAGUGGUGUGUUGCCCCCCAAAAGCAAAGCAUGCAAAACGCAACGUUUAAAACAUUCCUUCGAAUUUUUCAACGAAUGCAAAAACUACUGGCCAAAACAAAGAGAGAGAGAGAGAGAAAUGGCGUCAAGGUACUAGAUCGGUUGAGCGCGUUGAUUGAAUGGAGUUCCUGAAGCCGUACGUCCAGGGACAGCAGCUAAAGGAGAGGAAACUGUUAGCUGCCGUUUCUCCAAACAUAAAUCCACGCAAAAUAGUACGCCAGUACGUAACGGGCUAGAGCCGGAAGCAACACAAAACGUAAAGCCAAUGCCGUGUAAGGUACUUCGAUUAAGCUUGUUGAAAAACGUGCGUUUUUUUUGCUAAUUUAUUCAGUUGAUGAUAGGAACUUGCGUUAUAUCGAGUGUGUGAGUGUGCGCCACACGCUAUCCUGUAAAAACGCGCAAGAGAAAAGGGGUUUGCGCAUAGAGUGCGCGAGUGUUGUGGAUUUGUAUAAGUUGAUAAGUGUCGGACGCAGGGGGAUAUGUUUUUGGUCUUUUGUCUUAAACGAUCGCGCAAUGAGAGAUUUAAAACUUUAGUAUGUAAAUGGUUUUUUUUUGUUCAAUCUUAGAAGAGUUCGUUUUUAAGGCAAACGAAACUUGCGCGAAAGGAUAUAUGUGUGAGUGUGUAUGUGUGCGAUGAAUGCAAGUGUUUGUGUGAAAGAGGAUUGGCGUCCUGACACCUGAGAUGUUAGACCGGCCGUAUGCGAGGAGUGACUGCGUUAGAAAACUAGUUGCAGUGCGCUUACGCGCGUGUGUGUGUGUGUAUAGGGAUGCAAACUAGCUAGAGGAUGUAGUAGCGAGCGAGGUACAAAAGGCGACAAAACAGAGUAUUAACCUGGGAGGCGAGAAAGAUUUGUGCGCGCAAAGGCAGAAUUUUUCGUUCGUACUGGGGGAUACAUGAUGAUCCACCCCGUGGUUGUUGUUUUUACAAAGUUCCUGCUGUGGGCGGACUUCUUUUUACGCAUAGAAAAACAGCCGCGAUCAGCCAUGCCACUGCCGCCAUGCCAAUCCUCCGGUAAGGAGGGGAAUCUGGAUGGAUGAUCUGCUCGACUCAACUGCGUUGGUUGCAUUUUUGGCAUCGCAGUUUUUACUUGAUUACUGCAUUCGCUUCGCCCACUGCUUCAGCGGAGGGAAGGACAAACCGUGCGGGACGGACGGACACCGUUGCCGCAGCUGCAUCGAAUAUGCUAAGCGCCGCUGCCCUUCCCCUUUUCGAGCCGGGACGGGUUGACCAAAGACUAUCGGAUAAAAAACGAUGAUGAUGUGAGUGUUGUUUUGCUGAAUACCAAUGAGACAGAUGGGCAACGGGUGGUUCCGUUUUUGGGGAUGGCAGACCGGACGAACAACGCUGCCCUGUCGGAACAACUUCAACCAGCCAGGAGUGUAACUCCCUCCCGGAAGCAAGUUGUCACAGCGAUGUCUACCCCCAAUACCCUAACCCUCAAUUUCUAACUAUCUAUGGUGAAGCAGGCAAGCUUGCAGCGAUCAAGUAGACACUGCAAGCAACCAAGACAGAUGCUGGCUCUUUUAAAGUUGCCAUCAGAGUGGAAAAGACGAGCUAUUAAAGAGAGAGAUAUAAAGAGGUGCGCCCUGGAGGAGACAAACCGCAAGAUAAAUCGUAGAAGAUAGCUAGGAUGAUGUGGCGAUGAGGCCUCCCUUUUUUGAUUUUAGAAGCGCAUAAGAUGAACCAAGGUUCUGCGAGGCGUGUGGCGCGUGUGUGGCGCCUCUGGAGCGUCCCGACAGACACACGCCCUUGCCCGAGAACGAAUCUGCCCCUGUAGAGAGAAGCAACGGAUUGUAAACCGGGCAUGCCUUAUUAACUAUUUAUUACGAAAACACGUUAAGCGAUGAGGAUAAGUGCUUGUAUGUGUGCGUGAGUGAGCAAAUGUGUGCUUGGGAUGUAAGUGUAUAUGUGUGUGUGUGUAUAGAGGAACGUCGGAAAACAGGGGAGGAAAAACGCGACGAUACGAAGCUGCGCGCGGCCACAUUGAAACCAGCCAAAUCCAUCCAUUCUCUUGGCGCGUCACGUUGCGUGCCGACCACUGCCGCAAACUUCUCUUGGUUUCCAAACUCCUUUCAUAUCAGAACCAUGAGCAGGAAGCGAGAAACCCGGGGACAGAGAGAGAGAGAGAGAAAGAAAAAGGAGAAAAAAACUACAAACCCAUUACCUCAGGCAGAAAGUGCAUUACACUUGGGGUGGAACAUUCUUCCCCACCCUAGGGGGAGAAACCGUUUGCGCACGUGCUGAUAUCCCUUGCGCGCGAUACAAGGAAAAGCAACGAAUUUGACCUCUCUUACCUCAAGCGAGAAGAAGGCGCCGCCUUUUGCCGCGUUACAAAAUAUAGGCCACCGAGCAUUUAUUGCCGAGCGCGCCCGACGCCCGCCUGUUACUGGCGAUCGUGUGUGGUGUAGUUUAAAUUUGCUACCGGAACCUCCACCCCGGGGUUCGCCCCGGGGAUUGUGGGCGAAAUUCAAUUUGCAACUUGUUCCCGAUUUUUUUUUUUAAUCCUCCCCACCCCCCCCGCCCCCUUAUUAAAUGUAGAAUGUUAUCGUAAUGUGCUAAAAGUUAAAGAAUGUUCUUUCUAUUUUUUCGUAACACGUGUUUUGCGGGAAGAGGUUAUGAUGCCUCCCGCAAGCAGCCACGCACGUGUUGGUUCUGUUUGACUAUUGUACACUACUAUUGUAAGCGCUAGUAGCCAGGAGAGAGAGGGUGCCGCCCGUCAUCCUCGUCGUUUUGCUUAACUUAUUGUUGAACGCGGAGUUGUAAUAGUGUGCGCAUUAGAGGCGUAAACUUGUUGACAUUGUUGUGCCCCUUACUAAACAUCCCUUAGUAGCCUUAUUUUAUGCCUGUUGACUCCUCCGUUUUUUACUUCUCACAAUCUUUGAAUUAAUGGCUGUUUAUUUCCUUGCCCGUACCUCAUCCUCCAUUCGCUCGUGCUGCCGUCGCUGCUGUGAAUGUUUGUUUGUUUGAGUAGGUGUCUACGGGGCAUUUGUUAACCCCGUGUAAGCGAAGUACCUCAGAUCACACGGCACGGAAGAGUGGGCAGGAGUUGGUUGGAUGUGGAAAGGUAAGCAGAAGAUAUAUAAUCAAAAUAGUUUUGUUUCCUUGAAGAACUUUUUUUGUAGCUCUGAAGAUGUUUUGUUUGUUUGUUUUUUUAACAUAAUAUGCAUAGUCUUUCUAAUUAUAUUUACACAUCCAUACGUACAUAUUCAUCACCUUACUGAACCCCCACAAGCACUACUACUACUACUACCGAAUCUUCCAACAAUAGUUUAAACCGUCGCUAACGGGCGAAACGCAAACAGGAGAAAACCGAUAAAUCACGGGCUAACUAGGUUUAUAACUUCUUCUUUUUUUUGUAACAAAACCAUACAAAGUUUUCAAUUCAACUAAUACAUGGUGCAUCGCCGGGAAGUUUAAAGAAUAACGCAUUAUGCUUAUAAUUUGUAACAUAUCUUGUAAUUCGGGAAAAUAUCGUUUUAGAGCAUUCAUUUCGUUUUUGUAGUAUCUUUUAGUGAUAGUGAAAUGAAAUCGGGUUAGACGUGGGCACUUGGCACAUAUGCUCGACAUUGGAGGUAAAUUAUCACGCACGCUUCAUGCGUGUACCACACAAGUUUUGGCUACUCGUUUUGGUGGAACACAACAUUUGAAUUUCGGAAUCUAUCGUGGCGGUAUUUAAACGGCCCACGGAAGAGACAAAAAUGAAACAUAUAUACACACAUACUCAUGGCGCGGUUGGCGCAGGUGGAAAAAUUCUAAAGGCAAACCCAAACUGUAAAAUCAAACCUCGAAUGAAGCUCACAAUUUCAGAGGGGCAGAGUUAGAAAAGUGUCGCUAAUGUAGGAAGUUAUCUUGUACACAUGAACAUCGCUUGCGUAUCAGCAAAAGCUGUCCUAAUAUAGUUCCGAUAAAUGUGAAGAAAUAGAUAUAGAAAAGGACAGUGCUAUACACAUGGUGUUCGCUACCACUCAACACUUGGCACCCAGCAUACAUACAUCGGAGCGGCAAAAACCAUAUUCCAAAUCAACUGAAAAUCUUGCACUACAAACACAAAUACGCGAUUCAAUUUAGGCAAAAUGGGAUGAAAACCAGCAGCAAAAUAUCCUCCUUACUUAUCUAAUCUAAAACUCGUGUGCUUGUAAUAGGGCUUUCGCAACAAGCAAGGUAGCAGAAAGCGCAAGGAAACCCAUAAAAGAACGCAUUUCCUACGGAGAAGAAACAACACGAAAACACGCAAGAACUAAGUACUAAACACAAAAAGAAGAGAGAAAGAAAAAUACACAUAAAUUGAUGCAAGUACUACUACCGUUGGACUGAAAGAGAGAGCAGGACACGCGCCGUGUGAGUAAAAGAAAACCAAAAGAGUGAAACAAACAACUAAAAAAAAACUGAAACGUGUGACGUUUGUGCGUUUUUUGUCUACUAUUUAUAAUGGUGCGCGUGUACAACGGGCGCUCGAGUUCUUUGGUGCAUAGGUGAAUAGGUGGACAUUUUGUUGGACAACGGAACGAAGUAGGCGGCGCCAUGUUGCGCCAUGGGUGGUGAAAUCAGAAUUGUAUGUUGCGAAGCGCCAGCACAUCGUUGUACACGGGAGGACCCGAGAUCGUAGCAAGUAUAAAUAUUCGUAGAAGCAGCGAAAGAAGUUGGCAAGAGAUAAGAAGAAGGUACGCAAGAGGACAAACAGUAAACAAGAGAGACAAAGUGACUAAAAUCAAUUGUUAGAUUUUUUUAUUAUAUAUAUUAUAUUGAAAAUAUAUUAUAUAUACACAUAUUUGAGGAAGGAGAAAACAAGACAAAACGCAGGAGAAAAAAAUAAUGAUGAAAUGAAGAUACGGAUCUUAUGGAGUAAACAGAAAAAAAGUAAGAUGGAGGCCAUCGUUUAGCUUGGACAAAGCAUUAAGUAUAUUAAGAAGUGGAGCAGGACAAAGUGCGACAUUCGUGAGGAAGAGUGAGAGUGUGAGAGUGAGAGAGAGACAGAUGACAUCGGUUCGCUUUAUUAAGUAUUGAUUCAUUUCGGAGACGAAGGUACAAUCGAGAAGAAAACAAAACAAACAAAAUCGUACAGUGUGUGUUGUUCCCUUUUCGCCCAUCAGCAAGGGCGUGGUGUUUUGAACUUGUGCGUGUUGCGCGGAGAAGAAACGAGAGUAGAAAGAGUGAAGCAAAACAGGCAGAUGAUAUUUAGCUAACAACUUUAAUAUUUAUUGAAAAUACUAGAGGCUAUAAUAUCGUUGAAUAUUGGUAAAGAAGAGCGGAACGGAACCCAAGGCAACACAAAGGGUAUGGCGGACUUGAAGAAGAUCGAGGCGUGAACUUGAACAGAGAACUGAGCUAGGAAGGAAAGUGUUUCGUUGCAAGUGCAUGUGUGCUCGCUGUGUGAAGAAGAAGCGUUGACAGAAUGUUGCUCGCCCAACCACUCACCGCACAGGCGAGUUGUUUGGAAAUAGUGUAAAAGCUGGAAUCUUUAGCUGGAGACAGCAAACAACAAAGAGAAAACAUCGCUCCCAUUUGUUUGUUUGUUGUCCAACGGAACAGCUCUGCGGAACCAGUUGAUGAACGCGUGUGUUGGUGAUGUAAAAAUUAUUUUAUCUUUAAACUUAUCGAACACCGAGUGCCACUUAGUAGUUGGUAGUGAACGAAUUUCGCCCGCGAGAUGGCGCUGCGUUAUAUUAAUGCAUCACCACUCAAUGCGACUCAAAGCGACUCAAAGCGGUACAAAUCGCCGAACAACGUACUGGAGAGCAUGAGAGAGAUAGAGAGAUAGAGAGGUAGAGAGAGAGAGAGCGAAGAGAGCGAAAGUGAACACACUAAAAUAAUCAAACUCUCUGCAAAAUGCUCCGCUCUGCAGUGAAGAGCAAAUGUACACGUGUAAGUUUAGAGUGUACUUGGGUUGUAACGAAAAGUGCGCAAAGUGUGUUGUUUUAGUAUUUUCAAGUGUUGUGAUAUGACGAGGCAUUUAGCUUUCGAAGGUGUGUUUUGUUUUUUUGUUGGGUUAAAUUUAAUGUUGUUCGGAAUUCAGUCUUGUUUUCGGUGAUGUUUGUUUUAUUUUUGCGGUACACGAUGAAAAGUCUUCCCAAUACGGGGGAAGUAAGAUAAAAAAAAAAACAUUCUUCUUGGCCAGUGUAAAAAACAACGUAACCUUUUUAGCACACUCACACACACUGUUAAUUAACUUUUCAAUCUUUACCAAGGACGCUGUUAAAAACAGUCCUCAAUUCUUUUUGUUUUCAAUGGUUCGGAUGUAAACCGAUUAAUUUAUCUGGAAGUCACAACCAUGAACACUUUUUUAACCAUGCCCAAAUCACACACACACAAAUGCCAACACAAUCGAUCAAAACAGACAAUUUCACCAACGCCUGUCUCGUACACACGCCUAUAGAGAAUAUAUUUUUUAAACACACAGUUCUGGUGUGCCACAGAUUCAUGCUCCCUGGAAUUUGGUACAAAAACAACCCGCAACAGUACAAAAAUGAUGUUUGUUUUUUUUCGUGCGAAUUUAAUAAUUCCACGCCACUCGCCGUUACUGGCAAGACGACAAGAUGAUGGAAUCCGUUUGGAUUACCCUUUUUUUUACAUUGCAACAAUCACUUGCAGAGAGGAUGAAGAAGGAUCCACUGCGCAAACCCGCUGCCCGGAAAAGUUCACCACGCACAGCAGACAGCAGAAACACGCAUGCGAAAUGUACAAACACUUGAUGGAACCGCUGUAAAGUGUUGUUAUUUUUCACUUUCCUUUAACGCUCCGCGUCAAAAGAAUCGAACUCAACUUCGACCCAGCUGAACAAUACUGCAACAAUGGAAGGCAAAGCAAAACUAAACACUGGAAGAAUACAAGUCCGAAUGAAUAGCGUCCACACUACACUCCGCUUGAUGGAAAAGAAACAUAGAAGCAAGAUUAUGGUCACUCCUGAACAAUGUGCAAGAAUAAUGGCAAAACUCUCCCAACACACACACACAAACACACAAAGGUAAUAGAGCGAAUUGUGCGCCUAUAAGCCAGAGCAAGAACCGCGAACAUGAACGCACGCAAACCGAGAAGGAAACAAAACAAAAAUUGGAAGCAGAAAAAACGAUACAAAUGCUUUUAGAGAAAGCUAACAGAGGAAAGUGACACCCUGAACAAACAUGGCCGAAAGAGAAAUUGGAUAAAUCUAAAGCCCUCGAAACAAGCUUGUAUCACUGCCAGAUAUAAAAGAGAAGACAAAACAACACAAAACAAGAUGAAAAAUGAAAUGCAAAACGAAACUACUAUCAUAAGCGAAUUCACAAAACAAAACAAAAUAAUAUAGAAGAUUUGGAGUAGAAGAAAACAUAGAUGAGCAAAAGAGAAACACUAAAUAACUAAAUAUGGAUAACCACACACCAGCCUGAGACAAGGUGAUCGGACAAAAAAAGAUGAUGAAAACAAAGCAUGAAACUAAAUCUUUAUUGGCAAUUAACGUAAGCUAUUAGUUGAGAUACACUCGCGUACACACACAACCAAUGAUGAUGAUGAUUAGUCUCACCCCGAAAAACUGGCAAAAAAAAAAACAUACGGUACCAUUACCCAUAACACGGUGUUAGUUGAUGUAUUAUGGAAACAGAAAGUGAAACGGAAAUUUUGGCUAAAUUUGUGUGAGUGUAUGUGUGUUACAGUACAUAAAAUUAACAGAAAAGCGAUCAAAAAGCAAACAAAAAAAGAAAAAGUUAAAAAUUAAACACAAACUAAUGAUUUAAUUUCGAAACCCCUUUUCGAAUCGUUCUAUUGUAAUACUGCUGCUGAAUACAUUUGAAUUGACGUGAAAUCAUAUAGUGAAAGUAUAAAACAAGCACGCAAAAUGAAUAGAAGACAAACAAAAGAAACAAACAAUCAAUGCAUAAUCCCAAGGGCGCAGUCCUGCACAUUUGCUGCACAGACGAUUGGUAGUUUUUAAUGCUUUUUUUAUCAUUUAAUCUAUCAUUACCGUGUCGUCACCCUUUGGUGGGUAUUAAAAUUAAUGCAAUACAAAUAGAUCUUAACACUUUUAAGCUAACAACACACCGCAUCCACCCAAACCUUUCUCUCACAAACACCCUCCCUAAUUGGCGUAGAGUAUAUGGUAGCAAACGGAGCACAUACUUUGAACGAACUUUUUAAUAAAUGUCAUACCCAUACACUCAUAGACCGUAGAAGAAGAAGAAGAGGAAGAUAAAGAUCACCUUGUCCCAGCAAACGGGCAGCAAUCGCUGAUCAAUAUGACGCAAAAAUUCAACACGAGAAAAAGUAAACAAAAAAACAUGAAAAGCAUCUUGGAAAUAGUGAAGCAAAAAAGCAAAUUCAGGUUUGAAAUGAAUGAAAUGAAACAUUUCGCAAAACACUGUUUAUACCUCAUGGUUUGAAGAUAGAAUAUAAUAGCCAAGCAAAUCGUACACUAUCUAAGCGACACAUAAACAGAGAGAUAAUAAAGCAAAGGGAGGAAUACAAAGAUACAAAAACAAUAUAUGUGUACGCAAGAUGCACACUGCAAAGGGCAAGACACACAAACACGACACAACAGAAUGAUGGUGCACCAGUAACCAAUCAAAGCGUGUAAACGAUGGCCAACUAUCUACCUACACCCGCGUGUGUACUAACCAAUGGCAGAAAGGCAAACACUAAUUCCUCCAAAAUAUAUAGUAAUAAUAAGCAUACUUCACAUUUAAACACAAAAGGGAAACAAAAAACACAUCCGCAACAUACAACUUGAAAUUUGAUGUUUGAAAAGCUGCCCACACAACUUAUAGAAAAAUGAAGAAAAAAAAAAUGUCUAACAAAUCCCAAUAUUACUGCUAAGAUCAGUAUGCAAAAUUUCAAAAAACAUUAAAUGAAACCUCAUCCCUUCUGAAACCAAAACCGAAACAAAUAUCCAUUUAAAAGUAGAAGACGCGGAGAGAGUUUUCUUAGUUUGAUGUUUCGCACACGGGUGGGUUUAUCAACAACAAUGGUUCACUAUAUUCCAAUGGGUCGUUGUGUUUGUUUUCGCUGUAGAAUCUUGUAGAACUAUUGCAAUUGUUGUGUUUUUCCCCAACGGGCAAACAGGCAACGCUUAUGUUAGUGUCUCCCCUGCCUAAAGUGCACACAACACAUGAGGAAAGUAAACUUUCAAAAAGCAUAAAAACAUACAAUUAUAUCCCGCUACAAUGUCUUAAACCGGAGGCACCAAAUUGGAUGAGUGUAGCGUGUAAAGAAAAGAAAAAAACAUAUAUUUGGUUACUUCAUACCUUGGGAAACAAAACAAACAAAAAAAAACAUAAGCAAACAAGAAGAAGAAGAUAAAAACAAUUCAACACAAGCGUUUAAAAUUAAUUUCUCAUUAUAAUUUUAGAGUAAUAAAAACAAAAGCUAAGAAUGUGUGAAACAAGACAGCAAACACAAAACAAAAAAAAGAAAACAAGCACAACAUAAAGCGCGCUUACAAAAAAAAAAGUUUGAAGAAAAAUUCUGCUUUAUUGUACUACCAGGGAUAAAAAAAAAAACAAAAUGCUACUUUUCGCUUAAUUAAUUGCUUACUAUGAAGAUCGAACUACUUGUACUACUACUAUGGAAUACUGCAUGUGUUUUGUAUUCAACAUUACUUUAAUUUUUCGUACAGCCGCCGAAUUGAGAGCCAGAAAGGUUGUUUUGAGCAAAAGAAAGAGCAAAACAAAACAAUACAGAAGAGAGAAAAUAACACGAAAAAUUAGAGCUAAUAAUUGCUAACAGAAUAAGCAACCAAAAGAAGGGUCUUGAUUUUCGCAACCAUUAUACGCAAAGCAUGAAAUAGAACGCCACAUCAGGCUGCUAAAGAAGAAAACGAGACGAAACAACUACAUUUGUGUAUUUCAAAAAAAAAAGCACACAACUAACGCCUCUCCUCCUUUUGUACCGUUUUCUAAGCGAGUUUGUGUGCUGCAGCACGGAGAAAACAUACAUUGUUUUUGGUUUAAUGUUUCGAAAUUAUUAUGUUAACACACUAUGGUUUGCUUGCGUUAUCGUUUUUUUAGGGAUCCCUGUAGAUCGUUUCAGUGUCAGCUUUUCUUUUUCGAAGGACAAAAGUGUUAAAAAGGGAGAGCAUAGAGAACAGGCACAUACAGAUGAAAGGGGUAAGACAACCUGUACCAACCAACCUCUAGUGCUACGCAGCUACAGGAGAAUGGGAAGAAAUAGACGUAAUCGCGAAACAAAACAACAACAAUCCAUUACCACCACCAUUCAGCCGAAAACGGGCAAGGAAAUGCAUUUUUGUGUUGUUAAAGACGGAAUAAUUUAAAAUAAGCUAGCUAGCUAGUUGCGUUCCCAGCUCCUCCUGUAAGUGUAAAACCCCUUUUCAGUUAGUGUGUAAGCGAUUUUAGCGAUUUAAAAGAAAAUGAAAAAAACAAUAGAAAAUAGAAUGCGCCAGUAGAGGGGGGAAAACCACAAAACAUCUCUUUACAGUACAACACACAAACACACAGAUGAACACAAACAAGCUAGCACAGCCACCAUCGGCUUUGUUUUUACAUGCAAAAAUGGAGACUGAACUACACCUAAAUCGAAAUUGAUGGUGGUAGUGGUGCUAGUAUGCGUACGUGUACGUGUAUUUGUGUGUGUGGUUACUUGUUGUGUGCGCUGAAUAUCAUUUGAAAUGCAUAAAAAUAGUGGAAAGAUGUAGCGAGAGAAAGAUAGAGAGAGAAAUAGGCAGGUUAACCCGUUCGACCGAUGAUUAUUCCCAAUUAUUCUUGUUACUACUACGAUUACUACUACUUCUACUACUACUACUACUUAUUGUACUAAUGUCACCACGCAAACACCGCAAGUUGCUAGGUUUUUGAGAGGCAGUGGAGAAGAGCGAGGGCUUUGCUCGCGAGGGAGAAACAAGAGGAGAAACAGUUCGUUAUCUUCCGCGUAUCAUCAUCCUUUUCCUGCUACUUAAGGACGGUUUAUCACGUUUUGCACAUUGCCCCCCCCCCCCUGGUUCUCAUGCUCUUGUUUUGUGUCUGUGUGUUAAGUUUGAUUUUUCUCCAAUUUACCUAAUGUUGCUUUAAAUACUUUGACAGAGUUGCACAACACAAAAAGUGAAAGUUUUGAUUUUUUUUUUAAUUUUUUGAAACACAGAAGUCAAUGAAAAACAGUUAAAAUAGACAAAAGAAAAUUAGUAACAGUUUCCAACAUGCCUCAAGAUCGUAUAACAAUCACAACACAAACACAGUAACAAAUGGGAAAAUGGGAAACAAACAGAAGAAUACCCCCCCAGUGUGUAAAGUAGAUGAAACCGAAUGGACACUGCAAAACGUUCGAACUUGUUUUUGGUCCCCGUAAGAUUAUUUUUCUUUUGUACUUCUUUUUUUUUUUGUUGUUUUUUGUCAAAUCUCAUCUUUUGCAUAACCGUCGCCGUUCGUCGCGCGUGGUCGUCGUCGUCGUCGUCGCCGUCGUUCCCGAACCCUCCCCUGGGGCGAAAAAGGAUAAUGAGUGGAUGUGUUUUAGGAUAUAAUGCAAAUAAUUGACAUGCCUGUGUGAUAAUAGUUUAUAUUCCUGUCAUUAUCUGUAUUUAUAUUCUUCCCCUCCCCCCUCCCCCACCCCUCCCACCAGCAAAGAAGGGCAGUAGGAAUUGGGGCAAAGAGCGAGAGAGAGAGAGAGCGAGAGAGCGAGAAAGGAAAAGGAUGCGGUUAGUUUGUUUGGAGUUGGUUUGUUUUUUGGUUGGGGGAAAAGGAGCAAGGAAAGCAUGUGUGGGAAAGGAACGAAGAUCAAAGAAAUGGAACCGGAAGCGAGCAUAAAGAUGUUUGGGAAUAGGAUCGCGAAGGGAGACAACUGGAAUAGGGAGAGGAUAAAAAUAGUUUUUUUUUUGUUUUUUUUUAAUUAUUACUGUAAAAAAAGGUAGGGCAACAAAUGGAACCAACUAUAAGAAGAAAAGAUAAUGGGAAAGAGAGAGAGAAAGAGAGAGAGAGAGAGAGAGAGAGAGAGAGAGAGAAAAGUAAGAGAGAAAUGGCGUGGUGAGGGUUAGGGCAACAUGAAACCAAUAUAUAUAUAUAUAGAGACUCCCAUAUAUAUAUAUAUAUAUAUAUAAAGGAUAAAGAUUUAUAUAUACACCUAGGUUGUAGGAUUGGUGAAACACUGAAACAAGAAUGCUUAUUUCUCUCGUACGAUUCUUUAAAAUUAUUCUAAUUGCUAAAGCGAAACUACAUUAUCAUUAGUUGUAGCCUAUUAUUACUAUGUUUAUUAUUAUUUUUUUAAUCGUAAUCAUCAUGACUAUAAUUACUAUACUUAUAAUCAUAGUUUCCUAUUUUUUCGUUGUUUUCACCGGACAGACACAUACAAAGCUCACACCGUGCAACAAAAAAAAACCCAUGCAAAAGGCUUGAGAAAAGGAAAACAAACAUAAAAAAACAUGAAGGCAAUAAUUAAAUAUUAUACACAUUUAAAUCACAUAAACACACCUAUAUAAAUCUAUCGAUAGAACUUUAUAAUUUUCGCAUUUCUCAUAGUGGUGGUACGGAGCAUAACAAUACACAAAUACACAUACAAAAAAAUGGAUAAAAAAGAAUAAUAAAUAAAAAUGGUAAAAAGCUACAUUUAUGUUUAUCCUACAUAGGCUGGUCUCAGUUGUAUGGCUGGUCUUAGUGCAUGAAAUAAUAAAAAAAGAAUAAGAAAAAACAUGUUUGAACGUAAAUUUAACAAAUCAUACAAAUCACGGAAAACACACAGAUGUUUUGUGAGAAGUAAAUUUGAUUUCUAUUAUAAAAAACAUACACUAAAUGCAGUAAAAAAACAUAGGGUAGAAAUGAAAAUUGCGUAUUCAGUUAUAGUACUUUUAUUUCAUCACUCACCACGCGUAAAAAAAAAGAGAAAAAAACACAUUCGCGAGACAACUUCCAAACCAAACUUAUUUGGAUGAAAAUAGAAACAAACAAAAAACAUACGCAUUAGAACAGUACGGCUUGCUAUUUGACAAAACAAUUUAACGGCACUCGUUUUACAACUAUAUCAUAAACUGUAACAACAGCAACAAAAAACAGAAAGGCAUAGAAAAUGCUAAAGCUUUACAUAAUCUUUACAGUAGCCAAUCUAAAACACAAAACAGUUAAAGCAAAAG